UUCACGAAGCAGGUUAUGUGGAAACUCUGAGUAUGUUAAGCCUGAAAUGAGGGAAACCCAGAGUUAACCGUUUCAAUAAGGGAGGUAAAUUAACCCCGAGAUAGGGGUAAGUCAAGGAGUAAGUUAAGCCCAUUUCAUAAAGCGAGGUAACUCGUACUCGGAGUCUGUUACCAUGGUAACUUAGUCUGUGAACAUAACCUGGUCGGGAGCAGGUUUUAUUCCAGAAACCCAGAGUUUGUUUCUGACUCCUCCCCUGGAGUACAUAAAAGCUGAACCGUUUCCUUAUAAUUGAGUCUCCAUAGAACCUGCUUAAAAUGGCAUGUCCCUUUCUGGAAGACCCGAUUGAUGAAGAAGCAAGACUGAUUCGCAGAGAACUGCGAUUGCGUCGGGCGAGGAUUUUCCGUCCACGUUUGGAUACGUUUUCAUAUCCUCCCGACUUUUUAUUUGAACGUUAUCGUUUUUCGUUACAGUCACUGCAAUACAUUCACAACCUCAUCCGCCCUCUCAUCACUCACAUCACCCACCGUGGACGUGCACUCACCACUGAACAAAUACUUUGCAUUGCUCUACGUUUUUUUGCAAAUGGAAGUUUUCUUUAUAAUAUCGGCGAUGCAGAACACAUAAGCAAAGCAACCGUUUGCAGGGCGAUAAGAAAGGUGUGCCUCGCUCUGAAGCGGUUUUUAUCAGUUUUUGUUUUUCCUGGACACAAACCUGUGAGAGCCAUCAAAGAAGAGUUCCAUGGGAUUGCAGGAUUUCCCAAUGUGAUUGGCUGCAUUGAUGGCACCCACAUUCCUAUCACUGCUCCUUCAGAAAAUGAAGGAGAUUAUGUGAAUAGGAAGUCCUUCCAUAGCAUCAAUGUGCAGAUCAUUUGUGAUGCAGCACACAUUAUCACAAAUGUGGAAGCCAAGUGGCCCGGGUCUGUGCAUGACUCCCGCAUAUAUAGAGAGUCUACAAUAAGCAAUAGACUGGAACGUGGAGAGAUUCAUGGCUUCCUUCUGGGUGACAGGGGUUACCCCUGCCAACGAAAUCUUAUAACCCUCUACCCAGACCCUCAACCAGGACCCCAGCAGCACUUCAAUGUGGCACACUGCAGGACGAGAGCCAGGGUAGAGAUGACUAUAGGCCUGUUGAAAGCCCGUUUCCAGUGCUUACGUCAUCUCAGAGUAACCCCUGAGAGAGCCUGUGACAUAAUUGUGGCAUGUGUUAUUCUCCAUAAUAUUGCAACUAUUAGAGGAGAGCAACACCCUGCCCUACAAAUAGAAGACCCUGAGGAGGACCCCAUCCAGCUCCCAGAAAAUCAGGAUGGAAGGGCAAUCAGAGAUCUGAUCUGCAACAACCAUUUUCCAUGUUAAAUUACAGCCACACAGAAUACCACACUGUCACACGUUCAUUUUAUUUAGUCUUCCUUAUAUCCUACAGACAGACAGAGACAAAGAGAACAUUUUUCUGUUAGUUUUUCAUAUUGCUCUAAUAAUACAUUAAAUUUACCUCUGACUACACACACACCUCCAGCUUGUGUUUAAGUAUCUCGAUUUCCAGAUCUGCCUUUUGGAUCUGGCGGUCCAGGUAUAACAUUUCCUUGUCCGUUUUUUCGAUUUGUUUAAGUAGAUGAAUUUUGUAU